UUACAUAUACAUAUGUACUUUAUAGAGGCCAAAACAGAUUUUCAGUACUUUCCGCGUUAGAACAUCUGUCAGUCGUUAUUGAAGACAACGCUGAUUUGGACGUGAAUUCUCGAAGUGAAUUUAUUUUCGAAGAAAUUUAAAAAGAAAGAUAAUAUAAAAUGCCUGCUAACAAACCUUACGAACGUCCAAAGGAUUUCAUUGAUCCCGGUCUACCAUCGAAGUGCACAUGGCAUUUACGUACGAAAGAGAAAACGCCACACACACAACGUCCCAUCGCUCACCGUCAAAAACUGACCCCAAAUAUAUUGGAGGUUAUUGGCUGCACACCACUGGUUAAACUGAAUUCCAUACCCAAAGCUGAGGGUAUCAAGUGUGAAAUGUAUGCCAAAUGUGAGUUCCUUAAUCCCGGCGGUUCGGUGAAGGAUCGCAUCGGCUAUCGCAUGGUGCAAGAUGCCGAAGAGAAGGGUCUACUCAAACCAGGCUGCACGAUUAUUGAGCCAACAUCGGGUAAUACAGGCAUUGGCAUCGCUAUGGCUUCCGCUGUUAGGGGUUACAAUUGCAUUAUUGUGAUGCCGGAGAAAAUGUCUAACGAGAAAGUGUCAGCGCUACGUACCUUGGGUGCCAAAAUUAUACGCACACCCACCGAAGCGCCCUACGACAGUCCGGAAGGUUUAAUUUGUGUAGCACAGCGUCUGCAGAAGGAGAUACCAAAUGCCGUAGUCUUGGAUCAGUAUCGUAAUUCGGGUAAUCCCUUGGCGCAUUACGACGGCACUGCUGCCGAAAUUUUAUGGCAGACCGAUAAGAAAGUGGAUGUGGUGAUAGUGUGUGCUGGCACUUGUGGUACUGUCUCCGGUAUUGGUCGUAAAAUAAAAGAAGAGCUACCUAGUUGCAAAGUAAUUGCCGUUGAUCCAUACGGUUCAGCAUUGGCACGCCCCGAAGCGUUGAAUAAGACAAAUGUGAGCUUCUAUGAAGUUGAGGGAAUAGGUUAUGAUUUCGUACCCACCGUCAAUGACUACAAUGUUAUAGACUCAUGGAUCAAGGUGGAAGAUAAACACUGCUUCCCUAUGUCGAAACGUUUGAAUGCUGAAGAGGCUUUGCUCUGUGGUGGCUCAAGUGGCGCUGCGAUGUACGCUGCAUUGCAGGUGGCGAAAGACUUGAACGAGGAUCAACGUGUUGUGGUCAUACUGCCUGAUGGUAUUAGAAACUAUUUAACAAAAUUCGUUUCCGAUAAUUGGAUGGAGGCACGUGACUUUAAGCCAGUGGUGAACGAACAUAACCACUGGUGGUGGGACACACCGGUUAGUGCAUUGAACUUGAAGGCGCCUGUUGUUUUGAAAUCGGAUGCGAGUUUUUCGAAGGCGAUCGAUACACUGAAAGAGCACAACGUGGAACAAGUGGCACUCGUAGAUGUCGAGGAUGGCACACCAUUGGGCGUGUUACUGCAAGAAACUCUCAUCAAUCAGAUCGUAAGCAUGAAUCGCAAAUUGGACGAGCCGGCAGUUAAGGCGGUUAACAAGCGUAUUAUACGUUUACCUGCCAAUGCGAUUUUGGGUAAAUUGGCGCGUAUUUUGGAAUUGGAUCCUUGCGUUCUGAUCGUGGAUGAUGAAGAUGGAAAAGAAGUCGUUAAAGGACUUGCCAACAAACUGGAUGUGCUCGCAUUCAUCGCUAAGGGUGCUCCUCAUACUAAUGGCACUAAUGGACAAUAGAAGCUAAGCUUAUCCCGUAGUUGCUCUUACAACGACUCUUUUAACUAUUCCAUGAGAUAUUUGUUGUUCGAUCGUUGAGGCUGAGCUAAGACAUAGCCUUUUUUGUCGUACGAAUGGCAAAUUUGCUUUUAACGGUAUAUGAUUAGUGAUCCAUAACCAAGAGACUGUAUUAUCAUCGUGUUAUGGUUUCUCUAAGCUCUACUUUGUUCGCAAUUUUUCUAAUUUAGCUUUUAAGAUUAUACGACGCAAGUGGUGCGAUAGUGAAUUAGAUCAAGUACGAAUACUUUUUAAUAUGAAAAGUUUUUAAAAAUAAAUUUGAAAAGAAAAAUAAAUUUGAGAAGAAG